UCAUUGCCCAUGGAUACACAAUUGCAUUGGAAUAAGGAAUCAUCGCGCAUUUAUGGUGUAUCUUACGAUGAUGGUGAUUUUAUGAUUUCCACACCUCCAUACAUACCAAAUUCAUCAGAUUCAUGUUUUUUGAAUGAUGUUCUAUGUGGAAUUUUUCAUUAUGACAUGUGGACUGCAUCCAUAGAUAUUUGGAUUGGAUUAAACGUUAUCUGGAUAAUAGGAUUAAUAUUAACGCAAGCAUAUCAAAUUGCUAAAGCAAAAACUACUUACGAAAUGGCCAAUCUUCAUCGAUAUUCUUAUUUUGGAAAUUAUAAUAGUAUAAAUGUUCGAGAGCAGAUUAUGGCAACAUUGGCAGCUGCACCUACUACAUCUUUGAGAAUGUUUAGUGGAAGAAGGACGACGCGUCGAAAACAUUUCAAUGAUCGAAAUGGAAAUCCUUUUGAUUUUGGAUAUUGGAAUAAUUGUGUGGAUUUCUGGUCACAGGGACAUGGUGGAAUGAUGCAAAAGAUAGAUUGGCGCGAACUGUACGAUGUUCCAUUUGAAAGGCAUGGUAAUUUAAAACCAAGAAAUGGUUAUGUAGAUAUAAGGGACG